AGGCGCCUGCGCAGAGGGACGAGGAAACUGGCGCAUCCCUGUGCGGGGCCGGCGCCUGCGCGCUGUGGGCUCCGGGGCCUCCCGGCCUGAGGGAGAGGAGCGGGGAAGAUGGCGGCUGUGGUGGAGAAUGUAGUGAAGCUCCUUGGGGAGCAGUACUACAAAGAUGCCAUGGAGCAGUGCCACAAUUAUAAUGCCCGCCUGUGUGCUGAGCGCAGCGUGCGCCUGCCUUUCCUGGACUCACAGACUGGAGUAGCCCAAAGCAACUGUUAUAUCUGGAUGGAAAAACGACACCGGGGUCCAGGAUUGGCCUCUGGACAGUUGUACUCUUACCCAGCCCGGCGCUGGAGAAAAAAGCGGCGAGCCCACCCGCCUGAGGAUCCACGACUUUCCUUCCCAUCUAUUAAACCAGAUACAGACCAGACCCUGAAGAAGGAGGGGCUGAUUUCUCAGGACGGCAGCAGUUUAGAGGCUCUCUUGCGCACUGACCCCCUGGAGAAGCGAGGUGCCCCGGAUCCCCGAGUUGAUGAUGACAGCCUGGGCGAGUUUCCUGUGACCAACAGUCGAGCUCGGAAGCGGAUCUUAGAACCAGAUGACUUCCUGGAUGAUCUCGAUGAUGAGGACUAUGAAGAAGAUACUCCAAAGCGGCGGGGCAAGGGGAAAUCCAAGGGUAAGGGUGUGGGCAGUGCCCGUAAGAAGCUGGAUGCUUCCAUCCUGGAGGAUCGGGACAAGCCCUAUGCCUGUGACAAUAGUUUCAAACAAAAGCAUACCUCGAAAGCGCCCCAGAGAGUUUGUGGAAAACGUUACAAGAACCGACCAGGCCUCAGUUACCACUAUGCCCACUCCCACUUGGCUGAGGAAGAGGGCGAGGAUAAGGAGGACUCCCAACCACCCACCCCCGUUUCCCAGAGGUCUGAGGAACAGAAAUCCAAGAAGGGUCCUGAUGGCUUGGCCCUACCCAACAACUAUUGCGACUUCUGCCUGGGGGACUCAAAGAUCAACAAGAAGACAGGACAACCUGAGGAGCUGGUGUCCUGUUCUGACUGUGGCCGCUCAGGGCAUCCAUCUUGCCUCCAGUUUACCCCAGUGAUGAUGGCGGCAGUGAAGACCUACCGCUGGCAGUGCAUCGAGUGCAAGUGCUGUAACAUCUGCGGCACCUCUGAGAAUGAUGACCAGCUGCUCUUCUGUGAUGACUGUGAUCGUGGCUACCACAUGUAUUGUCUCACCCCAUCCAUGUCUGAGCCUCCUGAAGGAAGCUGGAGUUGCCACUUAUGUCUGGACCUGUUGAAGGAGAAAGCAUCCAUCUACCAGAACCAGAAUUCCUCUUGAUAUGGCCACCCUCCAAACCCUAUACAUUUAAGGCUAUUUCUCUCCUCCACCUUGUUUUUCAUAUCUACCUUUCCCACCCUCCUCCUCUCUUUCACAAGUCCAGAGAACCUUGGGGUGGUCAUGCCAACCUGCCUUUGGCAUCAGCAAGCUAAGAUGGCAGCUCUGGCCGCCUCUGGCCCCAGGCCCUCAGGGAGAAAGGAGCAGCACACUGCCCCAAGGCACACCUGUGGGCCAGCUUCUCUCUGCUCUCCAUGAAGUGCAUUCACUCUGCUUGCCUUGGGCCCAGGCCCUGGUGACCACAGGGUUCAGCGUCCUCCAAGAAAGUGGCAGAGCAGCUCACUUGUUUCUCGGCUCUGCCUCCACUCUGGUCUGCGGGGUUUUCCCUUCUGGAGGCAAGUCAAGCUUGGGCCUCUUUGUCGAAAGCAGCUGGGAGUGAGCGGGAGGAAGCUUCACAUGCCCUUUGUGCUGCUUAGCCUCGCCUCUUUCCUCUGGAGUGGCUCUCUGCAGCCCUCUGUCCCUGCUACACAGGGUCCUUUGCCUAGCCAGGAUGCUUUCAGUCACCUUCCUGGCUCAACCCUGACCCACUCCACCCUGCCCUGGGGGAGUAGCAACUUCACUCUGUUCUUCCCUGUGCUUCCCUGGCUCGUUUUUGGGCUGUCUGUAGUGACUGACCGAAGCAUUCUCCACCCUCAGAACUUCCCAUCUUCUGCCUCCCCUCCUUAUUCCCUUUGGUUUUGUGGGGAGAGGGGAAGUACCGGGGGGCCAGGCUAAAAGCUUGGGAGCCACAGGGAGAUGUUGGAUAAUGUGCCUGUUUUUUAACUCGAUGAAAAAGCCUACCUCCAAAAUCCCUUUUUUGUUCUUCCUGGACCUGGGCCUUCAGCCUCCUGCUCUUCACUGAAUUGGGAGCCUCUGCCUCCUGCCCUGUGUAUCCUGGGUCAUGAGGAAACCACAUAGACAUCCCUUUCUACCCUUGCACACUCACUAGCAGCUGGUAAGAUCUUCAUGCCAUGACUUCCUCAGUUUUUUGCAUAGUGGCACUGACAUUAAGUAGCACAGGGGACAAUCUAUUCCAGGACACCUUGGAAUGUCCUCCCCUCAGCUAUGGGCAGGCCCUAACUCACUGUUGUCACUUUGGAGUUUAGGUGUCUUUUCUCCCCCUUUCUUUAGUUACUGUAUUCUAAACAUUAGUAAAAAUAAAUGUUUUUACACGGA